AUGAAGAUCAUCGUCGUCGGCGCCGGGCCCGCAGGCCUCCUUCUGGCCCUCCUCCUCUCCAAGCCCGGCAUACCCGUCACCCUCCUCGACGCAGCCUCUGGGCCCGACCACCGGCCUCGAGCAACCCACUAUGGACCCCCCGCAGUCUACGAGCUGCGCCGCGCGGGCGUCAUGGACGAUGUUCUCGCGGAGGGCUUCCUUCCCAAGAAGAUCUGCUGGCGCAAGCUGGACGGCACCUAUCUCACCGGCCUGGACAACUCAAUUCUCGGUGACGACCCGGACCGUGUUGCCUGUCUGCCUCUCGACCAGCUUGGUCGGAUCCUGGCGAGACAUCUCGCCAAACAGCCGGCGGCAGAAGUGAAGUGGAAUCACAAAGUCACGGGGCUAGGGCAGGACAAGGGGAAGGCUUGGGUAGAUGUUACCACUCCAGAAGGUGAAAAAAGAGUAGAGGGUACAUACAUCAUCGGCUGCGACGGGGCCAACUCCCAGAUCCGUCGAGCGCUGCACGGCGACUGGACUUUUCCUGGCCGCACAUGGGACGAGCAGAUUGUCGCGACGAACGUGUACUACCCGGGUUUUGAGGCGCACGGGUACGAAGACGCGAACUUUAUCAUUGACAAAGAGCACUGGCACAUGGCGUCCAAGAUCACCAAGGACGGCAUGUGGCGGGUUUCAUAUGGCGAGCGGGGCGGGUUGACGCACGAUGAACUGAAGGAGAGACAGGCCAUGAAGUUCGAGAGGAUGUUGCCCGGUAACCCGAAGCCUGGGGAGUAUGAGCUCACGAACUUUAGCCCGUAUAAGGUGCAUCAGAGACUCGCGGUCAAGAUGAGAGAGGGGAGGUUUUUGCUCGCUGCUGAUGCGGCGCAUUUGUGUAAUCCUUUUGGCGGUCUCGGCCUAACAGGAGGCAUCGUCGACGUUGGCGGUCUAGCCGACUGCCUGUACGGCAUCUGGGCUGGGAAGACCGAGGCCGACGAGAUCCUGGACGUUUAUGAUAAAGUGCGGCGGGAGAAGUACAGCACCAUGGUCGACCCCAUCUCGAGCGAGAACCUGCGGCGCAUGAUCAGCGACCCGGAGACGGUGCUGGAACCGGGAAAGGACGAGUUUCUGACGCUGUGCCUCAAGGCCGAGAAGGACGAGGAGUUUGCCAGGAAGAUGAUGAGUGGGAUCUAUGAGUUGCAGUAUGAUUUCACUAGGCACUAUAAGCAGUAG